AUGAUUUCACGUCGUGCUACUCAAUUGCAAUAAUGACACUAAUAUUUAUUUGAGCUGUCAGAUAUGUGGGAGAGUGCCUGGGGGGUUGGUCGCUGAUAGAACGGUGUGUGUGUUGUUCAUGUUGCCUCAUUUCCUGAGUCUGCCCAAAGACAGGGAGAUACGGGGACACAGAGCCAGUGAGAGAGCGCCCUAGGGAAAGAGAGGGAGAGAGACAGACACAGAGGGGGAGGCUGGUUCCUGAUACCAAGACAAGGAAAAGCAAGGGAGGGACAGAGAGAGAGAAAAGGCUGGCGGAGACUGGGAGAGAGGGGGAGAAAACAGGGGAAUAACAUUUAGAGACACCAAAGGCGUAGGGGAGGAAAGAAUAGAAUACUGUGUUCUUCUGAACACCCCCCUUUCGUUCUCUCUUUCGCGCAGUCACACCAGAUUGGACUCCAAAGAAUCUACACCGCGUCUACCCCAGACCCCAUGGGUUAACAGACCGUAUCCAGGAGAGGCUAACAGGUCAGCUAACCCAAUGAACAGCAACAGGAAGGAGGACAUGGAGAUCUCGUCCCACUACCGGCAGCUCCUGCGGGAGCUCAGCGAGCAGCGGCAGCAUGGCAUCCUGUGUGACGCCUGUGUCAUCGUGGAGGGGAAGAUCUUCAAGGCCCACAAGAACGUCCUCCUGGGCUCCUCGCGUUACUUCAAGACCCUCUACUGCCAGGUGAAGAAAGGGGCGGAGCCACAUCACCAGACGACUGUCACUCACCUGGACAUCGUCACGGCGACAGGCUUCAAGGCCAUCCUGGACUUCAUGUACUCGGCCCACCUGGCGCUGACCAGUAAAAACGUCAUUGAGGUGAUGUCAGCCGCCAGCUACUUACAGAUGACCGACAUCGUCCAGGCCUGCCACGGCUUCAUCAGGGCCGCGCUGGACAUCAGUCUCCGCUCUGAACUGGCCGACGUCGAGAUGGGGGCUGCCGCGGGCGCUGGGAUCGGGGGAGGUGGAGGAGGGGUGGCGUCAGAAGCCUUGGUGUCUAUCAUAUCAGGACGAAGCUCCUCGCCCUGGCUGGGGAGGCGUACCAGCCCGGCCAACUCCUCUGGGGACUCCGCCAUUGCCAGCUGCCAUGAGGGUAGUGGCAGUACCUACGGGAAAGAGGACCAGGAACCACCCAAGAGCCACGAGAGCCAAGAGGACGGUGGUCACGACUCCCAGCCCGCCUGGCCACACAGCUACCGCCCCAUCACUGUCAAAGAGGAACAAGUCUCACCCUCCUCCGUUUCUCACCCCCGGGAUGGGCCCAAUGUGGGCGCAGGGACACAGGGGGAUCAGGGGGGAGGAGGAGAAGGGCCGUGGCAGCCCUCCGGGUCUGGGCGGAGGAAGAACCGAAAGAACAAGGACACGGUCAGACACAUUACCCAGCAGGCCGAGGGGGACAGAGACAGCAGGCCAGGGUCGCCGCUGCCCUCCAUGAUGGGCGUGACGGGGUGGAGCUACAAUGGAAAAGACAUUCCUGGUGCAGAUGUGACGGAGCCCAACAGCUCAGACAGUCGCGGAGAACGUCUCGACUUUUUCCUCAAACAGGAAGAGUCUCUGGCAGCGAGCGAGGCCAACUUCCUGGGUGCCAGCGGCGAAUCAGAUGAGGCCGGAGGUGGGACCGGGGGCAGGACUACCCCAUUGGUAGCCAAUCUGAGGGCAGCGUUGAUGAGCAAAAACAGCCUGCUGUCGCUACGGGCUGAGAUGCUGGGAGACGAUAACCCUCUCUUGUUUGAAUACCUGCCCAAAGGAGGGCACUCCCUCUCACUGAAUGACUUCACAGUGAUCCGUAAGAAGUUUAAGUGUCCCUACUGUAGUUUCUCUGCCAUGCACCAGUGCAUCCUAAAGAGGCACAUGCGCUCCCACACGGGUGAGAGGCCCUACCCCUGUGAGAUCUGUGGCAAGAAGUUCACCAGGAGGGAGCACAUGAAGAGACACACACUGGUCCACAGUAAGGACAAGAAGUAUGUGUGUAAGGUUUGCAGUCGGGUCUUCAUGUCGGCAGCCAGUGUCGGAAUCAAACACGGCUCCCGUCGCCAUGGCGUCUGCGCUGACUGUUCCGGGCGGGGCAUGGCCGCGUUAUUGGACCACAACGGGGAAGUGGGCGGAGACCUCUCCCCAGAGGACGAGCUGUAUCCCGGCGACCACCAUUUCCCUGAUGACCAGACAGAGUGCGACGGUGACGGAGAGGAAGAGAUGAUGACGGAAGGGGAUGGAGAGAUAGUAGGAGAGGUGGAUGACAAGGGAAGGAAGUGGAAGGAUGACUCAGGGAUGAUGACAGCGGGAGACGGGGCGAUGGACAAUGACAAGGAGGAGAGCAAUGACUCUGUGCCAGAGCGGGUGCAGCACAACGGGAGCGAGAAGGAUUUCGGCUGGAUCUCUUAGGAUCCCAUGGGAUCAUUUAGGAUCUUUUGUGGAUCUGUUGGAAUGUCUCAGGCAGAGACAGCUCUCUUUACCCAUGUUCAUGGGCAGGCCUUCCUCUGAGUGGGGUAUGCGGGCGAUACAUGACAAUGAUCUAUAUUGACAGGUGCCACACACACAAGCUGAGCCCUGUGCUGAUGAUUGCCAUGGAGAGCGAUUGAGAGAAGAGAGUCUCUUUCUCCUCACCACCUUUCUGAUGCAGUUUCUUUCCUCUUUAGUUUAGUUUUUUUCUUGUUUCUGAUGAGGACCAGACCAGAGUCUGUCCAUUGGUUUAGUUGUCCACCUAUGUCACACUGGGGCCAAUGAGGACUUAUUAAACGGUCUUGGGUGAUGUUGGACUGUGGCCAUUUGUGUUCACAGUCGCCAUUGACAUGACGGAUUGUUAACCGUUUGGAAAAAUGCUAAGGUGGUGUCUUGUUGCCAUGCAGUCCUAUUUGGGGACUGUCUAUACAUUUUUGGGACAAUCUUUUAUCUAUUGCAAAGAUGCACGCGUCGGUCAUCGGUCGGCACAUUGUCUCCUGCAGAGUGAAACUGCCACAGACUUGCACUUUAACGUCAACAAGAAUCCUGUCAAUGCCCUGUGGUUUACAUUUUCAAUCUGAUUUUUAACUACACAACUUGGUGACCGCACCUACCUUUAAGGAUAUAUUGUAUGUCCUCAUGACUGUUUUAUAUAUAUAUAUAUAUAUAUAUAUAUGGAUAUUAGUAUGCUUGUGCUGUAGUUUGCUGAUUAUAAAGCCUAUGCCUUUCAAUGGGUUCUUUCUCCUCCACUUAAGUUACCAUGCAUUUCUGUUAAGCUGUGGUGAGAAUUAUGAAAGGUUGAGCAAAUGUACAUACAAACAAGCCACAGGGAUUCUAGUAGACCGAGCAAGAGGGAGCGUUGAAGAUAGGGAGAGAAAGGGAGUGUUAGAGACGGGAGGAGAGAGGGAACACUAUGCAGGAACAUAACCCAUCACUCCAGAUGUAAUUGCUCUCUACUUUCAGAGAGGAUAUCAACGUUUUUUGGUCGCAUACACAGUUUAAUAGAUGUUAUAUAGCGGUGCAGCGAAAUGCUUAUGUUACUAACAGUGCAGUAUCCAGAUCUCUACUUCAGACAUUUACUCCCAGAAUGAGAAAGGUUGUCUUGUCUGAGGAAAGGUGAAGAAAUGCUUAUGUUACUAACAAUGAUCUCUACUUCAGACAUUUACUCCCAGAAUGAGAGAGGUUGUCUUGUCUGAGGAAAGGUGAAGAAAUGCUUAUUUGUGAGAGAGACGGACUACAUACACAAUGAUGACGGGUCAAAUCUCAUGCCAAAACAAUCACACUAUAAAACUAUUGUACAUGUCGCUACAUGGCUUACAUUGAGUCUCUCCUCCUGACCCAUUCUGUCCUUCCAUCUCAUGUUGUAUCUCUUUACUCUUUAAAACCUCUGUUUAGUGAUCAUUUGUAUAUUUCACCAUCAAUACAGAAUAUGCGCACUUUUACAUCUUAGUGGACCUUAAAUGAUGGCUCAUCUUUCUUUUUGGUGAGGACCUGUAUUUCAGUUUGUAUUUGUAAAGACAAGGUCAGGCUUCUGCUUGAGUCCAUCCAGGGAGUGGCCUGUUCUGUUGCGUGGUUUUAUGACACUUUCUUUUGUUUGAAAAGGUAAUUUAUGAAAAUCCAUGUUUUUGUAGUGGAAUUAUUAUACUAUAAAGGCAUUCCCUCCACUCUGUCUGAUGCCUUCGUGUGGGCACGGUGUGUGGAUGCGUUCGUGUGUGCGCACGCAUGUGAGAUGUGUAUUGAUUUUUUUCAGAUGAUUUCCUGUUAUUUGACCAUUUUGAGUCUUGUGAUGAUCAGAAGUAAGACUAUUGUUGUUAUGAUUACAUUAUUAACAUUAUGAUUAUUAAGUGCUGGAUGCUAAGCAUUAUUGUGCGUUUUAUUUUUGAUGUUUUAUAUCUUGUAUAAGGAAAUCUUUUACAUUUGGCCUUGUUGUGGACAGCGAGCCAUGUGGCUUUUCUGACUAGUUAUAUCAGCCAGUUCUCUGCUUUUCUGAUUAGUUAUAUCAGCCAGUUCUCUGCUUUUCUGAUUAGUUAUAUCAGCCAGUUCUCUGCUUUUCUGAUUAGUUUUAUCAGCCAGUUCUCUGCUUUUCUGAUUAGUUAUAUCAGCCAGUUCUCUGCUUUUCUGAUUAGUUAUAUCAGCCAGUUCUCUGUUUUUCUGAUUAGUUAUAUCAGCCAGUUCUCUGCUUUUCUGAUUAGGUUUAUCAGCCAGUUCUCUGUUUUUCUGAUUAGUUAUAUCGUGACAGUUCUCUGGUUUUCUGUUGUAUUUGGUUUUUACAGAGAAAAACAAAUUAGAGGAAGUUAUUCUAAGUUAGCUAUGGAUCAGAACUUACUGUGUGUACGGUAUGGCACAUGCGUCUAUUAUUAUAUUACUGACAUACACUAAUUCAUUAACAUUAGGCCAAAAACAAUCUAAGACAUUGUAUCAAGUGCUUUUGUUUCAAUCGUGCGUGUGCAGGUGCAAAUAUUUUUAUUUGGAUGUAGUUAUUGAGUUUAUUUUUCAGUUUGUAUACAUAUGGUAUACUUGUAUAUGAAGAGCGUUGUGACCUGCUAGUCUAGACCUGCUGGAGAUCGCAUCUUUAACCCCUCUUUUCUUUACUGGUCUUGUUGCCCUGGUUUCCAAAGGUGUGUUCUACUGUAUAUCCUAAACAUAAGCCCAAUCCCAAGUCUACCCCUGGCCCCAACCCCUAUAUACUUUUUGUAGGUCUGAAAUGAUCGGACUGGUGUACAUAUUAUAUAUUUCAACUUAGCCUAUCAAAGGGCAAGGUCCUUCCAGACCUACAAGACAUGUUUUGGAGUGCCUGGAUGCUACAAGGUACAGGAACAGAGUGAGCCACAAUGUUGGCUCUGGGAAUUGGAGUUGGUUUGCCGGAGGUGGUUGCAAACAUACCAUCUGCCACACUUCCAUUUUUCCAUCUGUCCCAAUGCUAAACACCGUAUCCAACGAACAUCUGUCCCAAUGCCUAACACCGUAUCCAACGAACACUCCUCUGCUGUCUGUUUGAUUUCACUGGUUGGAAAUGCCUUCUCCAUGUGUGGUGACGAGCUUUAUUCAAGUUGCAUUAUUUUAAUUUGACCCAUCCAUCAGCAAUCUCUAAUCUGUUGACGUUUUCAGAAAGGAAACAAAUGACGUUGGGUGGAUAUGUUGAAUGUUAAUGGCUGAAUAUAAUGGGAUUGUCCAGAAGUGUAUUUGGAAGUAGUGCAGUAUCAGUGAUAUUUCUCUGUCAUCCACCCAGUGCUUUUCCAGUCCAGACUCCUGUGAACACAGGUAUUUUUACCCACUUUAGUUCUCUUCUCAUCAUCACCUGCCUGUGUCUUCUUCUUCCUUGUCUUGGGUUGUAAUUCAGGAAAUAUUUGCCAUCCAAUCCCCUCAACAAUGUGCCUCGAUCUGUUUUACCGGCGUGUGCGUGGGUGUGCCUGCACGGGUGUGUGUGUGGGUGUGCCUGCAUGGGUGUGUGUGUGUUUCAAGAGAAACGGAAAUCAUAUAUUUUAUCUCAAUCACAGGUGCAAAAAGUUGAGACAAAAAAAAUGCAGCUAUGUGUUUCUGUUUCUGAAUCCUUUGUGGUUUUAUGGUCUAAACUGCACGUCUCUGUUCAUUUGUCAUACCAAAGUCUCUAACAUCCGCACACAGGUCAUUUCACACCAGGAACAACUGGAGCUGUCAGAAGAUGAAUAUGGCGAUUCCUUUCUUAGACGUGUACAAAACUCAAAUCUUGAUUUAGCCUGUAUAGCUUGAUUCAUAUGUGCAAAUCACAAAGCCAUAGACAUGGUGAUAUGAAGAGUAUACUAUAUUUCAAAAUUCUUACUUUUUAUUUUCGACUCUGUUCUUUACUAAGAGUGAUGUGUUCAUAAAUUGAUAUUACUAUUAUAUAUUAUUUAUUUUCUCUCAUGUUUCGCAAGGUGUCUUUCAUUUGUAAAGUGAGAUGCUUGAAGCUUUACGGUUCUGUUUGGGAAUUUUGUUCAAUAUGAUACUGACUUUAUGUUGAUUAUAUCAUAAACCUGUGUUUGUAACGAAGAUGUGUUGAGUAAUCAAUACCUUGUUCUGUUUGGGAGGAUUCAAGUGGGAAGAUUUUCUGUAUAGUGCUGAUCCCUUGAUUGUUUUUAUAGCCAAACAUGAACUUCCCUAGCGUCCUGUUGUGAGGGCUAGCCUAAAGGGCUAACCCAGGCCUCGUUCUAACUUAAUGUUUAGUGGAAAUUAGCUUGACUAUUAUUUGCAAAACAAAUCCGUCUCAAUAAAUUUGGAAAUUGCUGCUGAAAA